UAUCCGAGAAUCGUGUCUCAGUGUGUCCAGCAACCUCGGAGUGUGACCAACGCGAUCGUUCCAAGUGUCCAAAAUCCUCGUCAUUCACUUUCGGUCGAUUCGGUACGGUGUUGGGUCCUCCAGGCAGCUGGAGAUUGCCCGAACCCCACGUCACAAUUACCUCAACGCCAGUGUUUUACGCCAUUCUCUCGUUUUAUCAUAAUAAUUCGUGAUUCAGUGUUAAUCGGAGGAAUCAUGUUACUGGAGAACCCUGUGCCUGGAUAUGUCAACGACGUUAGCCUCAGGUGUCUAUGACAACCGCUUAGACAUGAACGAGAAUAAUAACAACGUGACAAAUAGGAUAAACGAGGAUGGGGGUAUAAUGAGAACGGCUAUUCAAGAUUUCUACUCUGGUCAGAAUGUCUUUAUAACAGGGGGCACUGGAUUCCUCGGCAAGACACUGGUCGAAAAACUACUGAGGAGUUGUCCAGAUGUAUCUACUAUUUACCUCCUGGUGAGGUCCAAGAAGGGACACAAUGUGGUCGAUCGAGUUGAUGAUUUAUUCAACGAACCGAUAUUCGAGCAUCUGAAGAAGAAUUCCCCCAAAUUUCGGCAUAAAGUUGUUGCUGUAGCCGGCGACUGCGAGUCUCCAAAUCUCGGAUUAUCAGAGAGCAAUCGAGAUCUGUUGAUUCAAGAGGUAUCCAUAGUCUUUCACAGUGCAGCAACAGUACGUUUCGACGAAAAACUACGUGUUUCAACAGCAAUAAAUGUUGGCGGCACCUUGGCAGUGUUAAAUUUAUGCAAAGAAAUGAAGAAGCUCAAGGCAAUGAUUCACGUCUCGACUGCUUACUCAAACUGUCAUCUGGACACAAUCGAGGAAUCCUUCUGCUCCCAUCCCAUGCAAUAUGAGGACCUCAAAACAGUGGUCAAUACUCUGUCAGAUGACGCAGUCAAUGACGUAUUACCGAGAAUCCUUCAGAAUUGGCCCAACACUUACACCUAUACUAAGGCACUGGCUGAACAGGUGGUUCGACAGAAGAGCAAGGAUUUGCCGGUGGGGAUUUUCAGGCCUGGCAUCAUAAUUUCGUGCGCGGAGGAGCCACUCCCUGGAUGGAUCGACAAUUAUUACGGACCCACUGGAGGUGUCGCAGCAGCACAGCUAGGCAUUCUGAAAAGUGUCCACUAUAAACCAGAUAUUGAAGCCAAUGUUGUACCAGUGGAUUUUACUGUCAAUGGGUUGAUAGCUUCUGCAUGGGACGUGGCAACUCGCCCUGACAGACGAAACGAUAAAACUCUGAUCUACAAUUACGUAUCAACAGUGGAUGCCCCAGUGUUAUGGGCAGACUACUACGACUACUGUCUAGCAGGUGCUCGUGAAUUCCCAAUUCUCCAAUCGAAAUGGUACCUCACGUUCUCCCCAAAAGCAUCUUCCCUAUCCCACUCCCUAUCAGUCCUCUUCCUCCACCUGGUGCCCGCCAUGAUCCUCGACUUCUUCCUCGUCUGCACCGGAAAUAAACCACGAACAUACAAAAUGGUGACCAAGAUCUUCAAGUACUUGAGCGUUGUUCAGGAAUUCACUAUGAGGAAUUGGACGUACAAAACAGACAAUGUACAGCAGUUGUGGAAUCGUUUGGAUGCCAAGGACAAGCAGAACUUCAAGUUCAGUCUUAAGGAGUUCGAUUGGAGAAAUUACUUUAGGAAUUAUCUGAUGGGGGUCAAGAUUUAUUUGUUCAAGGAGGAUCUGAGCACACUCGAGGCCAGCAGGAAGAGGGCACAAAGACUUCUCUGGCUACAUCAAGGAACGAAAACAUUCUUCGGAUUAAUAAUGAUGUGGAUGGUAUGGAAACUGUUCACUCCAUUCAUCUGAAUGAAAUUCGCUCUCAAAUUAUUUCCCCGGAGAAUAAAGGCGGAUCGUGUUUUUUGUAAAUACUAGACGAGAGGAAUAUUUUUAACGCGUUUUUGUUAUUUAUAUGUUACAAUCGACAAUCUAUGUAAUUUUGUUAUUACCCUAAUCAUCAGUACUACUGCUCACGAUAUCCAAUAGUUUUCUAUGUAUAGUUUUUAUGCGUCUUCAAUAGUAUUCGACAGUAUGGAGUACAAUAGAUGAAGGUAAAUCAACGUGUUUUUUAUUUUAAUGCUCUAUGUAUUUAGUUCAAUAAAACGAGUUGUGAAUUUAA